AUGCGCGGCCUGUUCGUCUUAUGCAUUGCAGGCAUCGGGAAAGCAGUCGUGGAGGAGGUCUUCACCUGCGCUCGCAAUGCAGCGGAUCUAGAGGAGCUGCUUGGUCAAUGCAGGGAGGCGGGUUGGGACGACGUGCAAGGCAUAGUCGCGGAUGUGUCGUUGCCCAAUGACCGGCAACGGGUGAUGGAGGGAGCGGCGGCAGCAUUUGGCGGCAAGCUGAAUGUGUUGUUCAACAACGUGGGCACGUUCAUCACGCCUACAACAGUGGAUGUCACUCAGGCCGAGUUCCAGCACCUGAUCAACAGCAAUCUGGAGUCCGCCUUUGCUCUCUCCCAGCUGGCCCACCCGCUGCUCAAGGCCAGCGGGGACGGCGUCAUCAUCUUCAACAGCAGCGUGGCUGGAGGGCCCACUGCCAUGAACACUGGCAGCGUGUAUGGCCUCACAAAGGCGGCUCUGAAUCAGCUGGCAAAGAGCCUGACGUGUGAGUGGGGCAAGGACAACAUCAGAGCAGUGUCACUGGCGCCCUGGUUCACCCAAACACCGAUGGUACAGUCCCUGCUGCAAGAUGUGGAGUAUGCGGCCAGGGUGCUGGAGUGCACGCCUAUAGGUCGUAUCGCCCAGCCGCAGGAGGUGGCACGAGUCGUCUCCUUUCUCGCUUCCCCGGCGGCAUCUUAUAUGGCGGGCUGCACCAUCCCUGUGGAUGGCGGCUACAGCUGUAGGGGAUUCUACUAG